AUGCCACAAGAGAACAAGCAGGCUGGGGGAGGAAAGAAAAAUGAUGAUGGUCAGAGGAUUGUAAAGAAUGAGGGGAAGAAGGGUAGGAACCAGAAGAAUGGGACGGAGUCCAGGAUGAGGGAAGGAACAGCGGGGGGUGCAAGGAAGGAGGCGGACCAUUUGCCUUCUAAUAAGGCAGGAAGUGGUGUUUCAAAAAAUGGUGAAGCGGUGUUGAGCCCGGGGAAGCAGCCAGUAGGGGGAGGAGCUAGUAAAGCACCGGUAGCUGUUAACGUCACUAGUAAAGGUGUGGGGAACCUAUCCCCUUCCGGUAAUAAAUGA